AUGUAUGAAACAAAUCAGAGAGAAACAUGCUCACAGUUAACGCAGCCGACAGAAAUUCCGGCCGAAGCAGAUGGAAAUUACGUUGUCGAAGUAAUCAAAAAUAACAGAAAGAAGCAUUUAAUAAAGACCAAUUUGUACAGACCCCACAAAUCACCUCCAAAACCAGAAAACCUCUUUCCAAAAGUGCCUGUAAUAGUAUGCAACACUGCCGAAGAAUUCUACUCCCAAGACCUCAAAAAUUUUUGCAUGCAUCCGAAGAACCCCGUCUCUAUUAUCCGAGGUGGAUGCAAAGCCGCUGGCAUAAACCUCGAAUAUUUCACGACGCGUUCGAUGGUAAAACGAGCGCCGAAUGCUCCGAUUGAAAUACGAAAGCAGACAGUCCAGUCGCCAGAUUUCAACGUUAACAAUGGAAAAGUGAUCUGGCUCUGCUCAUCGCCAAGAGAAUGGAAACCGCUGAGGACAUAUGCGCUGUAUCAGAGCCGUCUAUUCCGAGAAAAGAACGCUCAUGAAAAUCCAAACGUAAUCACUUAUGGUGAAGAUUUGGACUUUGGAACGAAUCUCGACUUGUCAGAUGAAAAGCUUUGGAAAGCAGAGCUAGAAGAGCUUGGAAAACUACCGUAUUGGAUUCAAUACAAGCACGAAAAGAACCUCCUAUCGUACGUCGGGCAGCCUGUUCUCGGUGUGAACACAGUUCAAGCUUAUAUAAAAGUGCCCGGAAGUAGGACUCCAGGGCACCAAGAAAAUCUAUGCACGUGUGCAGUGAACAUUAAUAUUGGACCAGGCGAUACCUCGUGGCUAAGUACGCCAGAAGAGUACUGGCCCGCGCUAGACGAGCUUUGCAAAAAGAAUCGUGUCAACUAUCUUGAGGACCCUUGGUGGCCGGCGAUCGACGAGCUCAUCGACGCUGGAAUACCCGUUCAUCGCUAUAUUCAACGACCUGGAGAUAUUGUAUUUCUGAACGCUGGAACACCGCAUUGGGUUCAAGCAGACGGUUUUUGCAACAACAUCGCCUGGAAUUGCUUGCCAAUGCAGAAAUUCCAUUUUGAUGUGGCUGUCGAACGCUACGAAUUAAAUUUGCAGCGCAAGUUCCAAAGUCUGGUGCCAAUGGAGAGAGUCACGUGGAACCUUGCUGCUGCUGGACUUGAAUUAGACUUCGAGAUGUUCGCUUCUGUUCGCUAUUUCCUCCAGCGAUCCAUGUUUACCCUCGCCAAUUCAGUAAAGUUCAUCAAAUCGAAAGGAAUAAAGAUAAUCCAGCAGGCCGAUGAUCAGCAGCUUCGCUUUUGUGAGGAUUGCGACUGCGAGCUUUACACACUGCUUUGGAUCAAAGACAGCGGAAACUCAGAUGAAGUAUCAGUGCCUUACUGCAAAGAUUGUGCCGAAUCAAAAGAGUACCAAAGCUGGGUGGUAGUGCAGCAAUACACCGUUCGCAAGCUUCAAAUAAUGUACGACAAGCUCAAGCUAAAAUGGUAA